GUAGGAUAUGACGGGUAUAGCAUUGGGUAGACUGCAAGAGGAACGAAAGGCCUGGAGAAAAGAUCACCCAUUCGGUUUCGUUGCUAAGCCAAUUAAAAACAGUGAUGGAACUCUGAAUCUCAUGAAUUGGGAAUGCUCCAUACCAGGUAAAAAGUCUACUGCGUGGGACGGUGGGUCGUACAAGCUGAGGAUGAUAUUUAAAGACGAUUACCCCACAACGCCACCCAAGUGCAAGUUCGAGCCCCCUUUAUUCCACCCUAACGUUUACCCGUCUGGGACAGUGUGUUUGUCACUACUUGACGAAGAGAAGGAUUGGAGACCAGCGGUGACAAUCAAACAGAUACUGCUCGGAAUUCAGGAUUUGCUCGACACCCCCAAUAUAAGAGACCCAGCUCAAGCAGAAGCCUACACCAUCUUCACCCAGAACCGAGCAGAGUAUGAUAAGAGGGUCAGACAGCAAGCUGCCAAAUUCACUCCUCGUUAAGUUCUCUCUCUCUCCAACGCCAUCCUCAAAUUCUCUCGCCUAUACUCAUUGCAAGUGGACGGAAGGAAGCGAUUCCUUGUUUCAAAUCUUCUUGAGCACGAAAGUUUCGGACUUGGAGAAUGGAGACAUGACUCCACUCAACAUAGGACUGGAGUCGAGACUAACUUAAUUUUAAAUUCAUACCCUGAGUUGGAUGUGUCAGAGAUUAACGUUUGCUGUGAGCUCCUUGCUUUUUAUAAAUUAACAUUUUGAUUUGCCAUCGUAAUAAAAUAUUUUAAACAAAGUCAGUAUUUAUUUUUGAAUCUCAAUCUCGAAUUGAUUAAAUUAAGUUCACCUAUGAGAAUAAUUUGCUAAAUUAGCGAUUGGCAAUGCAAUAAUAGUCAUCUUGUCCUUGAUUUAUCAUAGCUUUUCUACAUUAGCAAUGGUGCUGCCAUCUAAAUACAUUUUUAACUUGGUAACCUUGAAAGAUUUUUCAUCCAAACCGCCCCUUUUGAUUCAUUAUUGGUUAUUCGAAAGAAAUUUCGGACGUUUUUUCCUCACACGCCUAGCUGUGCGUCUGUGACAAAGUGGUAGGUGCUACUGUAAGCAUAAGGAGGAUACUGAUAAUGUGGCCUACAAUUUGUCUGCUGCAUCGUGUUCCAUUCCCCGCUGCCAACAUCUGCUUUACGGAAAAUUUAAGAGAUUGAACGUAGGGAUACCUUGUAUGUUAGCAAUAGAUAUUUUCUUAUUUUAUUGCCAAGUUUUAACUGAA